AUGACAAGCAAUUUAACAGAUGUUAUCCAAAAAGGCAUACAGUCUGCUGAGCAAGCUGCAAUCUACGAUAAAGAACAUAAAUACGAAGCUGCUAUUCAAGGAUACAUGACUGCAGUGGAAUGGUUUUUACACGCAAUCAAAUAUGGAACUGUGAGUGAGCAUACGAAAAUACAAAUUCGUGCCAAAGCUAAAAGCUACAUCCAACGAGUAGAAGAACUCAAAAAUCUCUUCAAGAACGGACCGGUUAAACAGAAGGCGAUAGCGGAUGAUGCGUCAGAUCGUAGAAAUGGGAGGUAUGAUCGCGAUGAAGAUGAAAGCGAUGAUCUUGACAGAAGAAGAAUGAUGCACAAGUUUCAAGGAGCUAUUGUUGUGGAUUCAAAAAUAACAUUCGCCGAUGUCGUUGGUUUAGAACAAGCAAAAGAAGCUCUCAAGGAGGCUGUUAUUCUACCUGUCAAGUUUCCUCAGCUUUUCCAAGGUACCCUAUCUUCACUCACAUACAUAUUUCAUUCUUCUUCUUUUCUUCAUUCGUCAGGCAAACGAAAACCAUGGGCUGGUAUUCUUCUCUACGGACCUCCCGGUACUGGAAAGUCUUAUCUUGCUAAAGCCAUUGCAACGGAAUGCAAGAGCACGUUCAUCUCUGUGAGUUCAUCUGAUCUUCUGUCGAAGUGGCUCGGUGAGAGUGAAAAGGGCGUGAAAUGCUUGUUUGAAGUGGCUCGAGAAAGACAACCGUGCAUCGUUUUUAUCGACGAAAUUGAUGCGUUGUGUGGUCAACGAAACGACACUGAAUCUGAAUCGUCUCGUCGAGUGAAGACUGAGUUUCUUGUUCAGAUGCAAGGUGUUGGAACAGAUAAUUCUGGAGUGUUGGUGCUCGCGGCGACGAACAUACCUUGGGCGCUGGACACGGCUAUUCGUCGACGAUUCGAAAAGAGAAUAUACAUACCAUUACCGGAAGUUCAUGAACGAGUCGGAAUGUUCAAAGUGCAUUUGGGUUCAGGAGCUAACCAUUCAGUUAGAGAAGACGAAUGGAUGCAACUUGCGCAACGAGCUGAUCACUAUUCUGGUGCUGAUAUUGGUGUUGUUUGUCGAGAAGCGCUGUUGAGACCUAUCCGACGAUUGAGCUCAGCAACCCAUUUCAAACGAAUUCAAAAUCCUAAUAAAAAUGGUCCUCGACAGCUGUGGAUUUCGUGCUCGCCUGGCGAUGCUGGUGCUAAGGAAAUGACAUUGGAGGAGAUCAACUCGGAAGAACUAUGCGAUCCACCCGUACUGAUGUCUGACAUGCUAGCCGCUCUCUCGACACAAAAGGCAACCGUUCGUGAAGCCGAUCUGUCGAGAUAUAAGCAAUUCACGGAAGAAUUCGGUCAAGAUGGCUCAUAA